GAGGGAGGCGGGUUGACGCCGCUUCCAGCCGCGACCGGCGCCAUGAAGCUCAACGUGGACGGGCUGCUGGUCUACUUCCCGUAUGACUACAUCUACCCGGAGCAGUUCUCCUACAUGCUGGAGCUCAAGCGCACGCUCGACGCCAAGGGUCAUGGAGUUCUGGAGAUGCCCUCAGGAACUGGGAAGACAGUGUCCCUGUUGGCCCUGAUCAUGGCAUAUCAGCGGGCAUAUCCGCUGGAGGUGACUAAACUCAUCUAUUGCUCAAGGACAGUGCCUGAGAUUGAGAAGGUGAUUGAGGAGCUUCGGAAGUUGCUCAACUUCUAUGAGAAGCAGGAGGGUGAGAAGCUGCCGUUCUUGGGGCUGGCGCUGAGCUCUCGGAAGAACCUGUGCAUCCAUCCUGAGGUAACACCCCUGCGCUUUGGGAAGGAUGUCGAUGGAAAAUGCCACAGCCUCACAGCCUCCUACGUGCGGGCGCAGUACCAGCGGGACCCCAGCCUGCCCCACUGCCGCUUUUACGAGGAAUUUGACAUUCAUGGGCGCCAAGUGCCCCUCCCCGCUGGCAUCUACAACCUGGAUGACCUGAAGGCCGUGGGGCGGCGCCAGGGCUGGUGCCCAUACUUCCUUGCCCGGUACUCGAUCCUGCACGCCAACGUGGUGGUCUACAGCUACCACUACCUCCUGGACCCCAAGAUUGCAGACCUGGUGUCCAAGGAGCUGGCCCGCAAGGCCGUUGUGGUCUUCGACGAGGCCCACAACAUCGACAAUGUCUGCAUCGACUCCAUGAGCGUCAACCUCACCCGCCGGACCCUGGACAGAUGCCAGGGCAACCUGGAGACCCUGCAGAAGACAGUGCUCAGGAUCAAGGAGACGGAUGAGCAGCGCCUGCGUGAGGAGUACCGCCGCCUCGUGGAGGGGCUGCGGGAGGCCAGUGUCGCCCGGGAAACCGACGCCCACCUGGCCAACCUCCUGCUGCCAGACAAUGUCUGCAUCGACUCCAUGAGCGUCAACCUCACCCGCCGGACCCUGGACAGAUGCCAGGGCAACCUGGAGACCCUGCAGAAGACAGUGCUCAGGUGGGGGAGCGGGUAGCAUAGGCCCUGUCACGUGGUGCAGGAGAGCCCCCCCGCCUUCCUGAGCGGCCUGGCCCAGCGCGUGUGCAUCCAGCGCAAGCCCCUCAGGUUCUGCGCUGAACGCCUCCGCUCCCUCCUGCACACCUUGGAGAUCGCGGACCUCGCGGACUUCUCCCCGCUCACGCUCCUGGCUAACUUUGCCACCCUAGUCAGCACCUACGCCAAGGGUUUCACCAUCAUCAUCGAGCCCUUUGACGACAGGACCCCAACCAUUGCCAACCCCAUCCUGCACUUCAGCUGCAUGGACGCCUCGCUGGCCAUCAAACCCGUCUUCGAGCGCUUCCAGUCUGUCAUCAUCACAUCUGGGACGCUGUCCCCACUGGACAUCUACCCCAAGAUCCUGGACUUCCACCCUGUCACCAUGGCAACCUUCACCAUGACACUGGCCCGGGUCUGCCUGUGCCCCAUGAUCAUCGGCCGUGGCAACGAUCAGGUGGCCAUCAGCUCCAAAUUCGAGACCCGGGAAGAUAUUGCCGUGAUCCGGAACUACGGGAACCUCCUGCUGGAGAUGUCUGCCGUGGUCCCCGAUGGCAUUGUGGCCUUCUUCACCAGCUACCAGUACAUGGAGAGCACCGUGGCCUCCUGGUACGAGCAGGGCAUCCUCGAGAACAUCCAGAGGAACAAGCUGCUCUUCAUUGAGACCCAAGACGGGGCUGAGACCAGUGUGGCCCUGGAGAAGUACCAGGAGGCCUGCGAGAACGGCCGUGGGGCCAUCCUGCUCUCAGUGGCUCGAGGCAAAGUGUCCGAGGGAAUCGACUUUGUGCACCACUUCGGGCGGGCCGUCAUCAUGUUUGGCGUCCCCUACGUCUACACGCAGAGCCGCAUCCUCAAGGCGCGGCUGGAAUACCUGCGGGAUCAGUUCCAGAUCCGAGAGAACGACUUCCUCACCUUCGACGCCAUGCGCCACGCGGCCCAGUGUGUGGGUCGGGCCAUCAGGGGCAAGACCGACUACGGCCUCAUGGUCUUCGCUGACAAGCGGUUUGCCCGGGCGGACAAGCGGGGGAAGCUGCCUCGCUGGAUCCAGGAGCACCUCACGGACGCCAACCUCAACCUGACCGUGGACGAGGGGGUCCAGGUGGCCAAGUACUUCCUGAGGCAGAUGGCACAGCCGUUCCACAGGGAGGAUCAGCUGGGCCUGUCCCUGCUUAGCCUGGAGCAGCUGGAGUCCGAGGAGACGCUGCGGCGGAUCGAGCAGAUUGCACAGCAGCUGUAGCGCACGGUGGGGCAGGGCCAUAAAAGGAGUUCCUGCGA